CGUGAUUUCAAAACAUCCGCACAACAAGUGUUGCUUGGCACGACGGUUUUGACUAAAUACAACAACAAAACCUAUCGCAUCGAUGAAAUCACCUUCGAUAUCAAACCGAGGGACACAUUCAAAAUGCGCGAAGAAGAUGUUUCGUACAUCGACUAUUAUAAGAAAAAAUACAACAUCGAAAUUCGAGACCAAAAUCAACCGAUGUUGCUUUCCAAUUUGAAAGAGAAAGAUAGACGUGGCGGUUUGUCCGAAGUAUUGCUAGUUCCUGAGCUGUGCUACGCAACCGGUCUGACCGAAGAAAUGCGAUCGAAUUUCAAAACAAUGCGUGACAUGGCUCAAUACACAAAAGUGGCACCUGCCGGACGUAUUGAUCGUUUGUUGAAAUUCAAUCAACGAUUGAACCAAACACCGGCCAGCUCCCAACAUCUUGCCGAUUGGAGCCUUGGUUUGGAACCAGAAUUGGUCAAAAUUCCAGCUCGAAUUUUACCAUAUCCAAAAAUUUUGUUUGGCAACAACAAGACGGUGCAAACCAAUGUCCGUGCCGAUUGGCAAAGCGAAUUUCGCAACAAUUCAAUGGCUCACUGCGUCGAAUUGAAGCGUUGGUAUAUAAUAACACCAAGUCGCUGUCGAAAGGAAGCUGAAGACUUCGUAAAGGCUUUACAGCGUGCUGGCAGUGGAAUGCGUUUCAACAUUGGAAAUCCUCGAAUCGAAGAAUUGUCGACUGAUACACAAACAGCGAUUUCCUCAAAGAUUGGUGAAUUGGCCAACCAAAAUCCGCAACUCAUAAUGUGUGUUGUAUCAAACAAUCAAGGUGAUCGCUAUGCAACAAUCAAGAAACGUUGCUACUUGGACUAUGGUUUGCCAAGUCAGGUGAUGGUAGCCAAAACCAUCACACCCAAAGACAAAACCAAGGGUAUUUCGGGAUUGUUGUCGGUUGCAACAAAAGUAGCCAUUCAGAUGAAUGCUAAGCUUGGAGGACUACCAUGGUUAAUUGAAGUGCCGAUCUCUGGCCUCAUGACGGUUGGUUAUGAUGUAUGUCAUGACCCAAAAAAUAAGAAAUACUCAUGGGGUGCAAUGGUGGCUACCAUGGAUCUGAAAAAUCAAAACAAUGAAUUUUUCAGCGCUGUCAAUCGUCAUGAAAGCGGUGAAGAAUUGUCCAACUUUUUGGGCUUUCAAAUUGUUGCGGCCGUGAAACAAUUCCAAGAAAUCAACGGAGCUUUGCCAGCCAAAAUUAUGUUCUUCCGCGAUGGAGUUGGCGAUGGUCAAAUUCGUUACGUUUUGGAAAACGAAUUGGUUAACAUUAAAAAGGCACUAAAAGAGGUUUACGAACGUCUUGGCCAAGGUGAACCACCAUUCCUUUAUAUGAUCGUCACAAAACGCAUCAAUACACGCAUUUUCUUCGAUCGUAAAAAUCCGGAUCCUGGCACAUGUGUAGAUGACAUCAUAACAUUGCCUGAGCGCUAUGAUUUCUUCCUGAUUCCACAAUCGGUACGUGAAGGAACUGUUACGCCAACAGGCUUCAAUGUCAUCCAUGACACAUUCGGUUUGCCACCAGAUCGCUUGCAAAUGUUGACAUUCCGCUUCACAUACUUCUAUUUCAAUUGGAGUGGUACUGUACGGGUUCCAGCUUUGUGUCAAUAUGCACAUAAAUUGAUAUCUUAUAGUUUUAUCUAA